CCCGCGCUUAGCGGAGGGCCUCCGCCCCGCCGACGCACGAGCGGCUGCGGGCCUCCGGGGAGAGAUUCUAUCAGCAGGAUGACGGACGUGAAGGAAAACGUGCCUGGGAAGGACCCUGGCGACGCAGAGAGCAGACCCUGUAAGCCCGAAAGCUCAGGACCGACCCGGGAGGACAAGAGCAGCCUCAGAGACCACCCUUCUCGCCUGAGAAAUACAGUUAAUGAUGUUUCCAAGCUGAGCAGCGAGAUUGGAAUGAAUCGUGAUUUCCACGUGGAAGAGAAGGUUUUGCCUCCUGGCAGUCUGGAAGGCAGGAUCAGGGAGACCAUGCACGAUGCCUUUUGGGAGCAUCUGAAGGAGAGACUGUCAGCUACUCCGCCAGACUUCAACUGUGCUCUUGAACUUCUAAAGGAAAUUAAAGAGAACCGCCUGAGAAGUGAGAUUGAAGAAGCCCUGGACAUGGACCUCCUUAAGCAGGAAGCAGAACACGGGUCCCUGAAUGUCCCUCAUCUCUCCAAGUACAUUCUCAACAUGAUGACUCUGCUGUGUGCACCGGUUCGCGAUGAGGCAGUGCAGAAACUGGAGAACAUCUCAGACCCUGUUCGGUUACUGAGAGGGAUCUUCCAGGUUCUGAGCCUGAUGAAAAUGGACAUGGUGAACUACACUAUCCAGAGCCUUCAGCCCCAGCUGCAGGAACAUUCCAUCCAGUUCGAACGAGCGAAAUUUCAGGACCUGCUCAACAAGCAGCCCAGCCUCCUGGAUCACACCACCCGCUGGCUGACCCGCGCGGCCACAGAGCUGUCUGCGCCGCUGCCCAGCGGCCCCGGCCCUGACGCUGCCGACGCCUCCAGCUCGGCCUGCUCCUCCCCCAGCGAGGCGGCCAGCAGCCCGGAGCCCCUCAGCCCCACCAUGGUGCUGUCCCAGGGCUUCCUGAAUCUCCUCCUCUGGGACCCUGAGGACGACGAGUUCCCUGAGACCCUGCUGACGGACAGAGCGCGGCUGCAGGAGCUGGAGGCACAGCUGCGCCAGUUAACCAUCCUGGCCUCCGUCUUGCUGGUUUCCAGCAGCUUUUCUGGCAGCGUCCUUUUUGGCUCACCUCAGUUUGUGGAUAAGCUGAAACGCGUAACCAAAGCCCUGUUGGAGGAGUUCAAGUCCAGGCCUGAGGAGGAGGCUCUGCUGACUGUGAGCGAACAGGUGGCUCAGGAGAUCCACCAGAGCCUCAAGAACAUGGGCCUGGCUGCUCUGAGCAGCGACAACACGGGCUCUCUGAUAGGGCAGCUCCAGGACGUCGCCAGGAAGGAGAACUGUGUCCGCAGCGUCAUUGAUCAGCGGAUCCACUUGUUCCUCAAAUGCUGUUUGGUUCUUGGUGUGCAGCGGUCUCUGCUGGACCUCCCUGGAGGCCUCACCCUCAUCGAGGCAGAGCUGGCGGAACUGGGCCAGAAGUUCGUCAGCCUCACACACCACAAUCAGCAGGUGUUCGGCCCCUACUACACGGAGAUCUUAAAGGGCCUCCUCCCCCCAGCUCAGGUGCUGGAGACAGAAGUGGCGUCUCUCUGAUGGCGCUGGCUCCGGGCCCUGGCUCCUCGGACCCAGCAGCAAAGCCCGCCAUCUUCUUGGGGUGACAUCACCAAGCAGCACGCCCUCUCCCCGUCUGCAGCCAGCACACCAUGCUGCAGUGACCUAGUGUGUGAACUCCCGCUGGCCCAGGUGCGCCCACUAAUAAACUUCUGAACUGCAA